AUGACCCCGCUGGAGAAGAUGCUGCAAGAUAUGGGUUCAGUUCGCGAGGAUGGUAGUGACAAGUUUUUUGGCAUGGAAAACUGUCUUUACUAUUCAGUUCCAUUCAGAGAAGCCGUCAUCAACUAUCCCACACGGACGCCGAUAGAAAGCCUAGAAGCUGCGUUAGCGAAGAACCUCCGCUAUCAGAAUGCCGCCGCAAACCUGGAAGCCGAGGCACAAGCGGAGAAGCAGAAAGCCGCCAAUGCUCAGCGUCCCGGGGCACCUCCCAGCCAGCCGCAGAAACCCGAAGACAAGGAGUCGCCGGAAUACAAGAAGAAGAUGGCAUUGCAGACACUACCGCUGUUAGAAACGAAGAACAAUGCGGCCAGUUAUGGGAUGUCUGAAUCGCUAUUUACUUCGCUCAAGGACAUCUUCGAGUCUAUCGUGGGGAGUCAGUCCAGGAUUGGUAUCAUCCGACCGCAGCAUUUUUUGGACGUCCUUCGCCGUGAGCAUGAAAUGUUUCGGUCGGCCAUGCAUCAGGAUGCUCACGAAUUCCUGAACCUUCUGCUCAACGAAGUAGUGGCGAAUGUAGAGGCGGAAGCCAUGAAGCAACCCAUACCGAGCCUACCACCACCGGAAACCGCGGAGUCGUCCCAACAGUCGGUCAGCUCGGGAUCUAAAACCCCCAACACGACGAGGUGGGUGCACGAGCUAUUUGAGGGGACCUUAACGUCGGAAACGCAGUGCCUUACCUGUGAGAAAGUUUCCCAGCGUGACGAGAUUUUCUUGGACUUGUCUGUGGAUCUAGAACAGCACUCAUCGGUUACAUCUUGUUUAAGGAAGUUUUCGGCGGAGGAAAUGCUCUGCGAAAGAAACAAGUUUCACUGUGACAAUUGCGGGGGACUUCAGGAGGCGGAAAAGAGGAUGAAGAUCAAGCGACUGCCUCGAAUUUUGGCUUUGCACCUCAAGCGUUUCAAGUAUACCGAGGACCUCCAACGUCUCCAAAAGCUCUUCCAUAGGGUCGUAUACCCUUACCAUCUUCGCCUCUUCAAUACGACGGAUGAUGCAGAGGAUCCGGAUCGCCUAUACGAGUUGUACGCAGUGGUCGUACACAUCGGGGGCGGUCCUUACCACGGACACUAUGUCGCCAUUAUCAAGACACAGGAUCGCGGAUGGCUGCUCUUCGAUGAUGAGAUGGUGGAGCCUGUCGAUAAAAAUUAUGUUCGCAAUUUCUUCGGCGACAAGCCAGGCCUAGCAUGCGCCUACGUCCUGUUCUACCAGGAGACUACAUUGGAGGCUGUUUUGAAGGAGCAAGAAUUGGAGAAUAUGAACUCGAACGUGGCCGAUUCGUAUGAGACUGCGGUGAAACAAAAUGGCUCCCUUCAGCCACCGGGAUUGGCUCAUGUCCAUAGUGCCUCGCAGAUCCCUUUGCAUGACGAACCCCAACGACACACGGGCCUCCGACGAGCCCCCACUGCGCCUCAGCUACCCACACAUACAGAGCAUACAGGUCCAGAGAGUGAUGCUCCGAGUCCCGCGGUGGCAAUUCCACCUCCGGUUCCGCCAAUACCUGAAGUCCAGAACCCGCCGUUGAGCCCUAAAAAGAGUGACAUCCAAUCCAAAAAGGAACGGGCCAAAGAAGAAAAGGAGCGCAAGGCCGCCGAAAAAGAGCUAGAGAAGCAGCGCCGGAGAGAACAGGAAGCGAGAGUCAAGGAAAAUCAGCGACGCGAGGAAGCGGAGUUGAAGGCUGCGCUCGAGGCCAGCAAAGCGUCCAAGGCAGAUGAAGAUCGACGCCAUCCCCCCGAUAACGGAAAGGAUAGCGACUCGAAGAAGUCUGGCAACGGUCUCAGCCGUUUGAAACGGGGCAGCAAGAGCUUCAGUCAGCGCUUGGGCAAAGACAAAGAAAGUCGUGCUUCUUCAUCCGGUCUGUCCUCAGUCCCCAGUGCCGAGCCCCUUACUCCAAACCAUGUGCCACCUGAACAUGCGCAGUCAUUUUCACCCCGUAAGGCUUCUCCGAAGGAAUCCCACAUCGUGCACAAGCCUCUGGUGCACGAUGACGAGCAAGAUACUCUCAAGAGUCCCAAGGGCGAUCGAGCCGGGCAUGGCAAAUGGCGAAGUUUCAGCAUCCGGAAGAAAUCGUUCAGCAUCCUCUCAUAA